AUGGCUGUGGACGUGGAGAGGAUCAUUCAGUGUAUCAAACAAGGGGAUCAGGACAGUGUCCAGACACAACUGCAUGGCUACAAUACUGAGUUUUCUGAGUGUUUCUUCUACAAUGUGGAAGAAAGGGAGAGGAGGAAGCAAGAGGAACUCGAAAGGUUUAGACAGAAUAAAGUGAGAGACUAUGUCCCGGACUCUGACUCAGACUUUGACUCGGAGGACUCUGAGGACCCUGACCUCAUACUCAGACGGAGGCUGGCGGCGGCAUUGAUUUGGUUCAUCAGGAUGCAGCUGCAGCCGGGGGUGCUGAGGGUUUGUCUGCGCACCCUGCGCAUCCUCUCUCGGGACAGGCAGGCCCUCGAACCCCUGGUCACCGACACAGCCCUCCUCACACUGGCCAGGCUCGGGGGCAUUACCUCCAUCCCUGAACCCCAGGAGGUGGACAGGGACAUAGAGCUCCACGUCUACGUCAACGAUGUGGACAUCUCUGCCAUAGAUGAGCAGAGCGAUGCUGAAUCCGGCCUCCACGCCAGCACUGAUGAUGUCACCGAUGCGGCUGAUUGUAGCGAGACUGACAUUCAAGCUGACGCCAGCUGUACCAGCUGGACCACUGAGCCGACCGCCUCCAAAGCCCAGGCUCAAAGCGACACUGACAGUCUUUCCAGUGACAAAGCCACUCCGUCCCACUGCGAAGGGGAGGUGGAGGAUACUGAGAGCCACAUGACAGAAGGUGACGCUAACAGAGAGGGUCAUGGCACACACGGUGUCAGCCAUCAAACUGAUGCCAGCAGCAGUGCUGAGACCAACGUUACCGAGACGUAUCCCGACCACGACUGCACAAGCGCAAGACACAACACUCACGGAGUACUCGCCCGAGGGAAGAGGGACACAGGAACAGAGAGAGGGGAAGAGGAGGACGAGGAGGAGGAUGACAGAGAUGUGUGGAGAAAAGAGGCCAUGAAAGCUCUGUGCAACAUCAUCUACAACAGCCAGAGGGCGCAGGAGAGAGCCAGCGCCUUGAGGUUGCUGUCAGGUUUAUCAGAGAAGCUGAAAGAGGGUACCCAGGCUCCAGAGCCCCCACGUGGCCAGUUUUAUGAACUGCGUCUUCUGUUCCUCCUAACAGCCCUAAGGCCGGAGUUAAGAGUACAACUCCAACAGGAAAGAGGAGUGACCAUGUUGACUACCGCUUUAGAGCAGUGUCUGGCAGUGCAGUGGGGCGAGGGAUAUGAGGUGCUCACCGACCCCACAGCGCCCCCGGUCUCCAAGGAGGCGUCACAGCAUGCCAUUGAGAUACUGAAGACCCUUUUCAACAUCACUUACAGCACCCACAGGCAGGACCCUGAUGAGGAAGAUGCUGCUAUCUACCGCCACCUAGUGGCAGUUUUACGACACUGCCUGCUGCUGCUCUGUGAUGGGGAGGAAAGGACAGAUGAACUGCAAGGGCACACCGUGAACGUGCUGUCGGCCCUGCCCUUGCAGUGCCUGGACGUGCUGCUGUCCGUCCGUCUGUCCAAGGGCUCGCAGGAGUGGGAGGGCAUCAAUAUGGACUGCGUGCACACCCUGCUGGUGUUCAUGGAGAGACGGCUGGAUAGGGGGCAGAAGCUGAAGGAGAAGCUCACUCCUGUCCUGAACCUGUUGACAGAGAGCUGCAGGGUCCACAGGGAGACGCGACAUUAUCUCCGACAGCAGAUCCUGCCCCCGCUGCGGGAUGUGGCCAACAGGCCGGAGCAGGGGUCCACGCUGAGGGGGCGUCUGGUUCGGCUGAUGACCCAUGUGGACACAGACGUCAAGCACUGUGCCGCUGAGCUGCUGUUUGUUCUGUGCAAGGAGAACGUGUCCAGGUUUGUGAAGUACACCGGGUACGGGAACGCGGCGGGGCUGCUGGCGGCCCGGGGGCUGCUGAGCGGCCGCUCGAGGGUGGGGGCCUCCGGCCGCCAGUACUCCAGCGACUCCGACUCCGACACCGAGGAGUACCGGCAGGCCAAGGGCCGCAUCAACCCCGUGACGGGCCGGGUGGAGGAGGAGCAGCCCGACCCCAUGGAGGGCAUGACAGAGGAGGAGAAGGAGGCGGAGGCCCGCAAGCUCAUCAACAUGUUCAACAGGCUCUCACGGGACAACAUUAUUCAGCCCAUGUCAGUAACUGCAGAUGGAAGACUAGCGCCACUCUCUGGGAAAUUGAGGAAUUGCACCGUGGCAGAGGAAAGGGAAUCUGAGGAAGAGAGCGAGGAUGAAGUUGAUUAG